CCUGUCACUAUGGUAUGUGUUUUAAUAAAGUACAGUUUUAACUUAUUGUCGAACAUUUCAAUACACGCGUUUGUGAAUAAUACACAUUUUUUAAUAUUUUAACAGUUUCACAUUAAUGUUUACACAAUGAAAUAAAUUGCAUGGGCAUGCCACAGUUUGAUUAAUUAUUAUUAUAAAGUCAUAUUUAAAAGUUUCCAACUAGAGGGUAAAAAAUGAAUGUUAAAUGUGCUAUAAUAUUAUGGAUUGUAAUGAUUGUGAGUUGUCAACCAGCAAAAUCUAUGCAAAGCCAUAGCAGAGAAACUGUUAGACAAAAGGAGAUGCUAAGACAAGUUGAAAUUCAAAAUAGACUGGACCCUACCGACGAUGCGACAGAACAGGUGAUAGAAGAUUUAUGGUCUUUUGCGGAAAUACUGGUUAUAGACGACCAAGGAAUCUUUGAGGGCAUAGGUUUCACUAAUGAAACAAAAAUGAAAGCUAUUUUACCUGUAGAAUACCACGAGCUUAUGAGAAACUGGUUAAUUGAAAAUCGUGAUUUGCGUCGUCCAGAAGAUCCAGCUACCUUGAUAUAUAGGACAAAAUUUGGCAAAUUGAUGAAAUUCCUAAUGGUUCCAGCAGAACGAAUAGAAUUUCUGAACGAAUUAAAAAAUCCAAAGGGUGAAACUUCAUAAUAUAUUUAUUAAGGUUGUCAUACAUUUUACACUCAUGGUUUAUUAAAAUUAUUAUUUGUAUGCACUUUAAUCCU